AUGAGAAAUCCUCAAAUUCCAGCAGGCAAACCAGCGCGUGUUGUGUGUGGCAACUCGGCGUUCUUGGCUGUGACUGGUUUCCAAGAGCCGAGGGCUGCUGGCGCAGGCGCUGCUGGCAGUGAGGUGAGAGGCCGAAGAGGGAGUGAUGAAGGCCAAGCCGGGCUCGCGGCUGAGCUCGUCUUGGAAAAAGUAGGAGAUGACCAAAUGGAAAGAAAAGGUCAAAUUUUAAUCCUUUUAGUAGAACAAGCUCUCGGUUUCCAGGACUACAAGGCAGCUAGUAUGCAUUGCCAAGAGCUCAUGGCCACAGGCUAUUCCGGAAGCUGGGAAGUGUGCAGCCAGCUCGGUCAGUCAGAGCGCUACCAGGACUUGAGGAUGCGUCAGGAGCUCAUGGCCUUUGCUCUGACACACUGUCCACCAAGUGCCAUAGAGGCCUUGCUGGGAGUGAGCAGCUCCUUGCAAACACAGAUUCUUUAUCAGACUGUGAAUUAUCAGUACCUUCCUUCCGAAGGGGGUGAGAAUAUAAAUAUUUCAGGACCCUCAUCCUUGAUCAGUAAGGAUAUUGAGGGUCAAGAAUUCGGAGAUGUAUUGAAAAAGGGGUCUGGAGAAAAUGCCACUGUGGAAAAGCAAGGCUGUCAUCCAUUUUAUGAAUCUCUCAUUACCGAGCCAUAUGUUGCAGAAUCUGAGGUAAGCUAUGGCACUUACCAGAACAAUUCUUUGGAAAGCUUUGCAGAAGUUCUACUGAGAACAGAGAAACUCGCAGAAACGAAGAGCGAAGGAAAAGACCUACUGCCCACUACGGAAGUUCUACUACAGCUGGCAAGUGAUGCUUUACCAAAUGAUACAGCCUUGUCUCUUGCCUAUCUGCUUGCACUGCCACAGGUGGUAGAUGCCAACAAGUGCUUUGAAAAGCAAUUGCAUUCUGCUUUAUCUCUCCAGCUGGCAAGUUAUUACUACAGCCUGCACAUCUAUGCUCGUUUGGCACCAUGUUUCAAGGACAAAUGCCAUCCCCUCUACAGGGCUGAUCCCAAAGAGCUGAUUAAGAUGGUCACAAAGCAUGUUACUCAGUACGGCUGUGCGGACUGGCCUGAAGACGUAGCAGCCCUGAUAAAUCAGCUGCAUUACUACAAUGAGCGGCUGCUGGAUUUCACCCAGGCCCAGGUCCUCCAAGGCCUUGGCAAAGGAGUGGAUGUGCAGAGGUUUACAGCAGAUGGCCAGUACAAGAGAGAAACUAUACUAGGACUGGCAGAAACUCUUGAAGAAAAUGUCUACAAGAUUGCUGUUUCUCUGGCUCAGAAAUACAACGUUCCACUCUGGGAAGUUUAUAUGACCCAUCUAGAGUAUUUAUUCACUGACAGUGGGUUAUCCACAGUAGAAAUAGAAGAACGAGCACAAAGUCUGGGUCUUUUUGAGAUUCUGAAAAGCAACCCUGAAGCCUUACAUGAGCACAUGCUGAAGUAUGUUUUCCCAAGCAUUGAAGGCCGAGAUCACCAGCGAUUGCUUUAUUAUUUUACGCUCCUCGAAAGCUGCGGUUGUUCAGAAUUGGUGAAGCAGGCUCUAAAGCCUGAAACUCACAUUCGGCUCCUGAAAAAAUUCAAAGCCGUUGCACCAGGUCUCAAUUACAAAAAGCUAACAGAUGAAAGUGAGAACCCUCUAGGAAUACUGGAGCCCAUCCUUACAAGUCAAAAUGUCUUAUCUAUUUCCAAACUGGCUCCCAAAAUUCCUAAAAAAGAUGGCAGCAUGCUGUCACCAAGCUCUAUUUAUGCUGUCUGGUUGCCAAAACUUUUCUGGAAUGGUGAUCACCAUCUCCUUAAGAAAAUACCAGAAACCACAGCUGAGUGGCUACAUGCGUAUGAUGUAUGUUCAAAGUACUUCGAUAGACUUGAUCCAGGUGAUAUUACAACUUUUCUGGAUGAAAUUACAUUUUCUUCAAAAGCUGUCACAAAGCUGCCAGUUGAAGCGAGGAUAGAAGUGACCGAGAAGGCUAUUAAAGCAGUCCAACAUCUUUCAGAAAAAUUAAGAAAAAGAAAUCCUGAAAAUGACAUGGCAGGUGCUGAAAAUGUAUCUGUUGCCUAUGAAGAAAGUCUGAAUCACUUGCAGCAAUCUCUUGCUCAUCUGCAAACCCUCAGUAAUAGUUUUAUCACUUCUUUGAAAAACAGUGAACAGGAAACACUCCAGAAGUAUGGCUAUUUGUAUGAUUUGUCAAGGUCGGAGAAAGAAAAAAUCCAUGAGCAGGCAGUAGCUAUGUGCAUAGAUGGUCAGCCUCUGGACAUGAUACAACAGUUGUUACAGGUGGCUGUUGGGGAUCUAGGCCUUUCUCCGAAGGAUAUUGUCCAACGUGCUAUUAAAGAAAUUUUAUGUGCAUUAAGUGGAGAUGGCAAUUCUUCUACCUCAGUGAAGGAUCCCCUUGGAGUCCUAGAAGGCAUCGUGUCUGCAGUCCACACGAGUGUUGAAAAAGGGGAGAAAGUAGUAUCCUCAGAUGACCUGCUGGCGUGGUUGAGACCUUUCUGUGGUGAUGACUCUUUACCAGUGAAGCCUCGCAUCAAAGUGCUCCAAGUCAUGGAACAAGCGUUCCACCUCAGUGACGAGGACAGCAAGCUGCUCGUCUUCUUCAGAACACAGGCCGUCCUCAGAGCUUGCUGGCCCGAAAGAAAGGUAGAGGUAACAGAUAUUGAAAGUGAAGAGAAAAGGUAUGAACUUUUCUUGGAACUUCUGGAAUCCAGUCAUAGUCUGUCUGAGUUUCAGCACUUGGUUUUACUUCUUCAAGCUUGGCCACCUAUGGAAAUGAGCAACAGAUCAUGCACAGGUAACAAUCCUUGGGUGAAAAUGGGGGCUGUUAUGCUACAGAAAUGCCCACCUGAAGAAAAAGAACAGACAGGAAAUGAAAUUUUGAAAAUCUGUCGUUCCUUAUAUGAGACAAAGCACAUGCUCCCUGUUGAGUGUAUAAAAGAAUUAUGUUUGCUGCUGCUUAACCAGUCCCUUCUGCUGCCGUCCCUGAAACUGCUGGUAGAAAGCAAAGAUGAAGAUCUUCAUGCUGUGGCACUGGAGCAGAUAAAGGCUGUGGCUAAGGUUGAUGAUUCCAACUGUGACGCUGAAAUACUUUCCUUGCUCCUCAAGGCAAAGUUGGUGGUGGAGUGCGUGUCCACGGCUUUCUAUCCUCACCUUAUUGAACACCUGCUGGCUAAAGAGGACGGAGGAGGCUGCGAAGUCGAGGAAAUAGCAAAGCAGCUGAAGGAAGCCGGGUUCCGUGCGGAGGCAGGGUCCCUCCUGAUGUCUCACAGAGGGACUCAUCCUGCACUCAGGACUUUCACUACCGCCCUCCAGGCUAUUCAGCAUUGGAUCUAAAAAUGCUGGAAUUAUUUAUUUGUCUGCCUUUUACCUGGGAGCCUUCUAUAAAGACAGAAAUGGUUGUUCUAGUGAAGUAAUGAAAUUUGUUAUUCCCUACCUACGUUCUGUGGAAUAUGCUAACAGCACAUUUAUCGUGGUUUCCCGUGCACUUCUAAUUGUUCAGAAAAGAUGUUUUGGGUUCAGACAGUAG